AUGAUAUUCGAAGCGUUACCGGGGUACUUCGCUGCAUUCCCCGAUCGCAACACUAAAGAGGUCGACUCAAGUAAAAUAGAUCAUAACAAAUUGGUUAAUCAGGAUUCAUGGAAACAAUUGUACAAUUCAUUGCCAAGUGACACCGACAGAACUCAUUAUAAAUUACUUGUAUUGGCAAGACAUGGCCAGGGUUAUCAUAAUGCUGCCAUUGAAAGAUACGGUCAGAAGGAAUGGGAUAGGUACUGGUCAUUCUUGAAUGGUGACGAACAUGGUAUGUGGCUCGAUUCAAAAUUAACGCCGGUUGGUAAAAAGCAAGUCACUCAAACUGGUUCUGAUUUCUUGGCACCUUUAAUUGAAGAUAUUGGUAUCUUACCUCAAGCUUUCUUUUCUAGUCCCAUGAGAAGGUGUCUAGAAACUUUCUUGGAAUCGUGGAAUCAAGUAUUUGAGAGAGAAAAUAUGAAUAACGACAAUAUUAACGUUAAAGUCAUUGAAAAUAUAAGAGAAACUUUGGGUGAACACCCCUGUGAUUUGAGGGUACCCCAUUCUGAUGCCGUUGGUGAAUAUCAAGAUUUUAAAACUAAUUCAGGCACCAUGGUCCAGUGGAACUAUGAAAUGGGUUAUCCAGAAGAAGAUCAACUUUAUAAACCUGAUCAUAGAGAAACUAUACAAGAAAUGGAUGAACGUCUCCAUGACGGCUUAUCGCAAAUAUUCAAUCAAUUGACUAUCGAUGAUAAAUUCGUUUCAAUUACGUGUCAUGCUGGUGUUAUCCAAAGUAUACUACGUAAUUUAAAACAUCCUGAUGUUAAAAAUUUAAACACUGGUAAAACUGUCUGUGUAGUGGUAAAAGUAAGCGUUAAUAAGAACCCAUUAAUCAACUAA